AUGCUUCCUGGAAGUAUUGGCAGAACACAAAUUGCAGCCUUUCCAGCCAGCGAUUGCUUUUUGCUCGGCGAGCGCGCCUCUGCCAGCCCCGCUGGUGACACAUUUCAAGAGAAACAUCCACAGCUCCACCACCGAGCUGUGAUUAGUCAGCCGGAGCUGUGCGUGACGGUGGAACCAGCCGCCACCGCCGCGUUCCGGGGCUUGCAGCACUGGGAUUGCCAUUUAGGUCUACAGCAUGUAAACUUCCCGCUCAACCUUUAUAAACCUGCAGCAUUCAUGAAAAUAAUGCCAGUCAUCACUUCGCAAGCGCCGACCUGCAGUGCUGGGAAGUGGUAUUGGGACACAGCGCCACCUGCUGUCUUCAUUCCGCAAGCUCAGGCUCCCCUACUGGAAUUGCUGCAACGACACAGCGCCACCUGCUGCCUUCACUCCGCAAGCUCAGGCUCCCCUACUGGAAUUGCUGCUACGACACAGCGCCACCUGCUGUCUUCACUCCGCAAGCGCCGCCCUGCAGUGCUGGGAAUUAGUAUUGGGACACAGCGCCACCUGCUGCUGGGAAUUAGUAUUGGGACACAGCGCCACCUGCUGCCUUCACUCCGCAAGCUCAAGCUCCCAGUACUGGAAUUGCUACGAGGACACAGCGCCACCUGCUGUCCAGUCAGUGCUCACAGCGCGAUGAUAUCUGCAAUCGGCAGCCCUGCUGGGGAGCGCCGAAUGAUCGAUGGGUGUCAUGUCUGCAGACUGGUGCCUGUCAGCGGUCCCUCUACUUCCCAAUCAAUGCACCAGAACCCGCCCGCAGCUUUUAAUUUUUGUUCUAUAUUCCAGGUUCAUCGUCUGAGGUCGGUGGACAACCUGUUCGUUAUAGUUCAGGAAUUUUCAGAUUUCCCCUUCAAGGCCUCGAAGGAAGAUGCUCUGGAGGACUUUAAAGAACUGGCUUCGAGGCUGCACUGGGAGAAGGCCUUGAAGACCUGGGAGCUCAACAACAACCUAAAGAAGAAGAAAAGGAAAAAAAAACCUGACAAGGAGCGCAAACUGCAGGCGGCGGCGGCCCCUGCCGCUGAUGGGAAGGCGGCGGCUGACAAAGAGACGGUGGCCUCACCUGCAGCAAGGGAGGAGUCUUACAGCUUAGACCAACAGGUGGCGGAGAGCUCGGAGGCUUCGGCUGAGGAUCUCAGUCCUGAGGCUUCAUCAGAAGACGGUGUGCUGGGCGUUGGAGGGGACGGCGCCAGGGAGGAGACCGGCAGUGUCCUGAAAUUCCGUGUCACCUGUAACCGAGCCGGAGACAAGCACAGCUUCACGUCGAACGACGCCGCCAGGGAUUUCGGUGGAGCGGUACAGGAUCACUUCCAGUGGAAGGCCGACAUGACCAACUUUGAUGUGGAGGUUCUCCUGAACAUCAGUUACAAUGAGAUGUUGGUGGGAAUCGCGCUGACGGAGGAGAGCCUGCACCGGCGAAACAUCACGCAUUUCGGGCCCACCACGCUGCGCUCCACACUCGCCUACGGCAUGCUCAGACUGUGUGACCUGGAGCCGUCCGAUGUCAUAGUGGAUCCGAUGUGCGGGACGGGAGCCAUCCCUAUAGAGGGUGUGAGCGAGUGGCCCGCCUGUUUCUUUGUCGCCGGCGACAACAGCCGCAACGCAGUGAACAGAGCUGCUAGCAACAUCUGCUCCCUGCUGAAGAAGCAGCAAAAUUCGGAGAGCGCCACCCAGGGGCUGCCCAUAGAUACUGCACAGUGGGACAUUUCCAGACUGCCCCUGAGGAGCGGGAGCGUGGAUGUCAUAAUUACAGACAUGCCUUUUGGAAAGAGAAUCGGGUCAAAGAAGAAGAACUGGGACCUGUACCCCGCCUGCCUCCAGGAGAUGAGCCGCGUGUGCCGGGCCGGUACUGGGAGAGCCGUUCUUCUGACCCAUGAUAGAAAAUGCUUCGUUAAGGCCCUGGCCAGAGCGGGACACCUGUGGAGGAAGAUGCACACGGUCUGGGUUAACAUAGGAGGGCUUCACGCCGGCGUUUACCUUCUCAAGAGAACCGCCCUCGACUUGGCCGACUCGUCCGGCGAGAGGCUGGAGGAGAAUCAUCCCCUGAGUCCCGAUUCCCUGGCCAAAGAGGAGUGAUGUCCCCAUCCCCACACCCCCACAACUGUCCUCGUUAAGCACUGAAAUGGUUCGGCUGAUACUACUGGAAGAUUGUCAUUGAUUCAAGGGUGACAAAACUUUACUACUCCAUUCCCCAUGGUGCCAUUCGGCUUUAUACUGUAGGUUCCCAGUGAGCAUGGUAGCAGCACUAGUGAGAAUUAAAGUGUAUCUAA